AUGGCUUCGAAACGCAGGGCCUCCGACGGCCCGAGUGGGGCUCGGAAGCGAGUAUACACGGAGGAUCAGAUUGCCCAGAAGGCCAUUGCGGAUAACUUCAAGGGCUGGGACCACGAGGCUUGCUACGUGAGGCUCCGCGGGGAUGCACCACUGACCCUUUUCGAGCGCAUCAAGCAAGACAAAAAGGACAAGACGGUGACCAUGGGGCAGCUUUAUUAUGACAGCCUCCGUCGGUUGUAUCGUUCUGAGCAGGACCCGAUGGUAGCUUUGAAGGCGCGGGACAAGUCAGAACAGAUCUCCCCGGACCUCUUCAAAGCGUUCGUGGCGGCGAACGAACAGCGUCCCGAUCGGUCAUUGUUGGUAGCAUAUCUUACCAGUUGCGCCACUGCCCCGAACAAUCGUGAGUUCGUGGGGGUUGCCAAAAUUCUUUUGUCGUUGAAGGUCGGCUGUCAGAAACAGUACAAUGUUGCCUUGGACAUCUUGAAGUGGAUGGCCCGUUUCGAGGCGCACAAGAAGUGGACUUCGGAAUGGGGGUCGGUUUCAGAAAAGGUGGACAGCGUCUUAGAGAAACUAUGGAAGAGCUCAGCAAAAAUGACACUGUGCCCGUUCGUGAAACUGCAUGCGAAGAUCCUUUCGCUCAAGAUGGACCCGGCGGACAUCCAGGCGGUCGCCGGGUGCGACUCCGAGAAGCUCAGCCAGGUGAAGGACUCGCUCUGCAGGCUCGUCACCCAUGGCAACGUUGGCCUGCUGAUGUUCGGCGCGGAAGUCGGCAAGAGCACCUCGCAUGCCGUCCGGCUCGCGAUCGAGAAGGUCAUCCGCGAGUUCAACGUCCAGGGGAACGUCUUCAACUCCGAGACGGUGGCGGCUACUAAGGCCAAAGCGUUGGCUGCCGUGGGCGCGGUGGCCAACUUGAACCUGAUGCCGCGGCAUCGCCAGGCGGAGGGGCGCUAUCGAGGUCAAGCGAUGAAGGCCCCCGUGGCCUCCAUCGAGGCGGAGGUCUCGUGGCGCAUAAGCUUGGCGUGGAAGGGCCUCGGGGUCCAGCAGAACGUCUUGAACAAAGUGUGGUUCGAGGACCUUGUCGUCCCAGAGGGUGCGAAGCAGGGUGGGGGCGCCACGGUGGACCCAGAGUUGGCGGAUGCCCCCAACGUCGCGAGGGCCUUGAUGAAGGACGUUGUCGAGGAUUCGGGCGUUGACACUGGAGAUGAGAUCGUCCGGGCAGUCUCCAACAACGCGGCCCGCCUCAUCAUGCAGGAUCGGGAGGCGCAGGUGGAGAUUUCCUUGGUUGACCUCCUGGGCGGAUCCACGAGCGUGCUGCGCGUGAAGACCCACAUUCUGCAGUGCAUGCCUGAUGCUACCGCGGUCGUGGAGAGAGAGGCCACCCUGCAUCGACUCACGCAGUUGGCUCGCAAGGAUGUGAACAAGUACGCCUCCAUUACAGCGAAGGCCAAGCUGGAAACCGCCAUCAAGAUCAUGGGUCGGAUCGUGGAUGGUGUGUGCCCCGAUUUGGACGCUGUGAAGCAGUGCCCUGUCUUGAAGGACUUUUACGACCGCUUGCAGUUCUUCGUGCGCCACGUGCCGCCUGAAGGCGCCGCGGCUCCCUCGGCCCCCGCGGUCGGCACGGCGGCGAUCAGGGCGCGGCUCGCCGACGCCGCCCAGAAGCACGCUUCAGGCGUCGCCACCCGCGCAGACAUUGAGGACCUCAAGGUUUCCGCCCAUUUGAUUCCUGAGGACAUUUCCGCGCAUGUAGCCGAUCUCAUCAAACGGGUCGAGGCGGCCGACCUUCCUUCGGCCGUGAAGGGCAAGAAGCCAGGCAAGAAGGCCCUGACAUCGUCCCAAAGUGGCGCGGCGGCCAGCGCAGCUGCGAAGGCAGCAACUUUUUUCGAUUAG